AUGCUACUGGAAGUUGUUGCUGAUCUUGAAUUAUUCGACGAGGGUGAAGAUCGAAAGAAAAUAAAACCUGAGGUUUCUGGUAAUGAUCCCCCACUCAUUGAGGAGAAAUCCGGCAAGGAUGAGUCAGAAGAAGACGAUGAAAACGAUGAAAGUGACGACUACGACGAAGACGAUCUUGAAUUAUUCGACGAGGGUGAAGAUCGAAAGAAAAUAAAACCUGAGGUUUCUGGUAAUGAUCCCCCACUCAUUGAGGAGAAAUCCGGCAAGGGUGAGUCAGAAGAAGACGAUGAAAACGAUGAAGGUGACGACUACGACGAAGACGGUGAGCAUUUCAACGGAAAAUCUAUGAUUGAUGCUUAG